AUGAUUUGGUGGCAGAUCCCUUAUCCCUCACUGAACUCUUUAGAUACUUCACCUCCCACAAUAUCAACAAUCCAUUCCAUCCCAAAACUAUCAGAUAUUUUUCAACUUCUUCAAUGUUUCAACCUUUUCAUUUUUGCUUCUGAUUUUUCUUCACCAACAGUGUCUGAACUCAGAACUCUUUCUCUUCCUCCACAAAACCUCACAAUCUCUUCCUAUACUUUCACACAUGGAGUUACCGUUAAGAACCGCAAUUCUCCAUUCCUCCUCUUCGCUUCAACAGAGAUUCCACACUCACAAACCCACUCCAGAGUUACCCUCACCCUUCUCCUUGUUCCUUGCAAAUCCACUUCGUCUUCCAAGCUCAACUUUUGCUUCCAAAGCAGAUCAGCAGCAUUACUUUCCAGCCAAGGCAACUGGCACAAGGGCAGUGCUAAAUCCUAUCAGUAAAGGGUUAUCAUGUACUGGUGCCUUUUGUGGUGAUAGUUCUUGUGAUGAUGAUGAUGAUGAUGGCAAGGGGUUCUUGGAUAACUAUGAAAUGAUCUUUAGAGAUUGUGACAAGCUAAUCGAGUCUUUCAUGCUGCAUGAGACCGAUUGGAGAAAGUUUUUAAUUUUAAACAAGAAGUGGAGCAAUAUUAGGCCCCAUUUCUUUAGACACUGUCAGGAUAAGGCAGAUGCCAUAGACAAUCCGGUGCUGAAGAACAAACUGCUCUGGCUUAGAAAGAAGCUUAAAGAGAUAGAUGAAGAGUUGCAGAGACACAAUGAACUUAUCCUAAUGAUCAAAGAGAAUCCAUCUGAAAUUAGUGAAAUUGUUUCAAGGAGUCGUAGAGAUUUUACAAGAGAAUUCUUUACACAUCUUCAUACCAUAGCUGAAUCUUCUGUCAACAAUCUUGAAACACAAAAUGAUUUUGCAAAGCUUCGGAACAUGUGCUUGGCUGCUGUGAAAGACUACGACAGUGCAAUGGAAAGCAUUGAAGCACUAAAUGCUGCAGAAUUGAACUUCCAAGAUGUUAUCAAGUCUCCCUCGGAUACUUCCUGCUGGAAGAUAGACAACUUAGGUGAGAAAAAUCAAUGCUUCAAUCCAGAAUUAGUUGCUCAUUGGCUACAGUUGUGUUAUAAUGUGGAAGAAGUCAGAAGGGUACAUGCAAUUGUCUUGAAAUGUUUUAGACAUUCAAAUACUUAUAUUGAUAAUAAUUUGAUUUGUAGCUAUUUAAGAUUGGUUGAGUUGGAUCGGGCUCGUUGUGUGUUUGAUGGAAUGCCAAGAAAGAAUACAGUCACAUGGACUGCUAUUAUUGAUGGAUAUUUAAAAUGUAACUUGGAUGAUGAGGCUUUUAAGUUAUUUCAAGAUUCUGUUAAACAUGGGGUUCCAGCCAACAGUAAGAUGUUUGUCUGUAUCAUGAAUUUGAGUGGUAAAAGAGUGGAUUUAAAGCUGGGGAAACAAAUCCAUGCUCGUAUUUUGAAAAGCAGGUGGAGGAAUAUAAUUGUGGACAAUGCAGUUGUUCAUUUUUAUGCAAAAUGUGGUGAUAUAUCAAGUGCAUUUCGGGCAUUUGAUUGUAUGACAGAGCGCGAUGUAAUAUGUUGGACAACUAUGAUCACUGCCUGUUCCCAACAAGGGUUUGGGUAUGAAGCUAUGUUGAUGUUGUCACAGAUGCUAGGUGAAGGGUUCUUUCCUAAUGAAUAUACUAUAUGUAGUGCACUAAAGGCUUGUGGAGAGAAUAAAGCACUGAAAUUUGGAACACAGCUUCACGGUGCCAUAAUAAAGAAUAUAUGUAAGAGUGAUGUUUUUAUAGGAACUUCCCUAGUUGAUAUGUAUGCAAAAUGUGGAUUGAUGGUGGAUUCUAAAGGGGUGUUUGAUAGAAUGAAAAUCAGAAACACAGCUACUUGGACAUCUAUUAUAUCAGGAUAUGCUCGAAAUGGGUUUGGUGAAGAGGCCAUAAACUUGUUUCGAUUAAUGGAGAGUAAAAGAAUCCAUGUUAAUAAAUUGACAGUUUUAAGUGUCUUGAUGGCUUGUGGCACAACAAAAGCUUUGCUAAUUGGAAGAGAGGUUCAUGCACAGAUAAUCAAACGUAUUUUCCAUACGAACAUGUACAUAGGAAGCACUUUGGUAUGGUUCUAUUGCAAGUGUAAAGAAUACUCUUAUGCUUUCAAGGUGCUCCAGCACAUGCCACUUAGGGAUGUUGUUUCUUGGACUGCCAUUAUCUCUGGUUGUGCUAGACUUGGGCUUGAACUUGAGGCUCUGGAGUUUUUGCAAGAAAUGAUGGAAGAAGGCGUGUUGCCUAAUUCCUAUACUUACUCAUCAGCCUUGAAAGCUUGUGCAGAACUAGAAGCUCCAAUGCUUGGAAAGUUAAUUCAUUCCUAUGCAAGCAAGUCUCCUGCCUCGUCUAAUGUAUUUGUGAACAGUGCUUUAAUAUAUAUGUAUUCAAAAUGCGGAUAUGUUGCUGAUGCUUUUCAAGUUUUUGACAACAUGCCAGAGAAGAAUUUGGUGUCUUGGGAAUCCAUGAUCUUGGCUUAUGCAUGGAAUGGACAUGCUAGAGAGGCUCUGAAACUUGUGCACAGAAUGCAAGCUGAAGGUUUUGUGGUGGAUGAUUAUAUCCAUACAACAGUUGUUAGUGCUUGUGGAGGUGUUGAGCAUGUAGACAUUCAUCAGAAUAGUGAAUCUUCUUCAUAUUACUUGCAUUCCUAGUAAUCUUCUACAAGAUAGGAGCAUCAAUGAAUAUUGAAGAACAUGUGAAUGUACCUAAUUAGAUUAUAGCUGCAGCUAAAGGAUACUGUAUAUUCAGUAGAUGAGGAGGAUACAUAAUGAUUUUUUAGAAACAUUGUGCCACCAAAUACUAGUGAUAGGCUUCUUUUGCUUUCCUUGUAUCUACCAUUUAUGUAAAAGAAUGAACAAUGAUGAGAAAAUGAAAAAAUGAAAAGGAAUGUCUCAAUCACUUCAUCAUCAAAUGGGAUUUUUAAGAGUGACACUGUCUCUGAAAACUCCAUUUAUGAUGAAGGAUGCUGCUAUCAUAUUUA